AAACACCGCUGUCAACUAUGGAACAAUCCCGUAGAAAGGGGCGUUUCAUAAAGUCUACCAAGUUUAAACAUUAUAAAAGCGUCACAGAAGCACAGAGACAGCGGUGGCAAAAAGAAGAUUUGAUUCUGCAUCACAGUUAUUCUUAUUCUGAGAAUUCCGAUAGCGAUAGGCCAAAGGAAAACACCUGUGAUACUGUGUGCAGUACAGUUGACGGCGCAUCUUUACCUGACGUCGCUUCGUUUGAUGUUGUAUGCAGUGAGCAUGAAAAAAACAAUCCUAGACUGGACAAAGACUGGAGGACAGGACGUAGAAUUAUCGAGCUAGGGGUGCUGGCCGAUGGACUUUCAGGGUGUAAGAAGUGUGGUCUACCCCUUCAACUGUCGCAUUGCAUGGGGAUUAUUACAUUUGGACUUGCAGCUAUGCUCAAGAUACCAUGCAUGAAUACCCAGUGCCAGUUUAUAAAUAAUGUGCCUACUGGAAAGCGACACAAUAAAGUCUGGGAUGCUAACAGCAAGCUAGCGGCAGCUGUCCAACAUACUGGCAUUGGUUAUGAUCAAAUCAGUGGAAUACUUGCUGAAUUAAAUGUCCCACCAGUCAGUAGAACAUUACUGAGUAGCAGACAGGAAGAGGUUGGAUCUGCCACAGAGUCAGUUGCAACAGAAACAAUUCAGGAAGCUCUUGAACAGGAAGUCUUGACAACAUCUAUGAGCAAUCAAUCUCCCUCCAUUACUGUGAGUGUAGAUGGAGCAUGGCAGAAGCGAGGAAGUGGGAGGUCAUAUGACAGCUUAACUGGACACUGCUCAAUGAUAGGAAGCCAGACGGGAAAAAUUGUGGGUUAUAGCUUUAGGAAUAAAUCCUGUAGAAUUUGUGAAAGAGCAGAAAAAAACAACCAAGCCCCUGUUCCACAUGGAUGCAAAAGGAACUGGACAGGUAGCUCUAAGUCUAUGGAAUCCGACAUGGUGGUGGAGAUGGUUAAAUCAACAAUAAAGAAGGGAAUUAAAGUAGAGGCACUAGUUGGGGAUGACGACACAACUACUAUGUCAAGAAUUCACAGAGAGAUAGACCCUAGCAUUAAAAAACACUCUGACAAAAAUCAUAUCAAAAAGAAUAUAUCAAAUUCACUCUAUAAUCUGCAAAAGAAACAUAACAAUUUAUCAUCAAAAGUUAUAAAAUACAUUCAAAAGUCUUUUAACUAUAUGAUCUCUCAAAACCAGGGAAACCCCACUGGGAUCGAGAAAGGCCUUGAUGCCCUGGCCCUUCACCCAUUCAAUGACCAUAGCCAGUGCAGCGAAGUAUGGUGCCACCACAAAAGAAAUUUGAAGAAAAAGUACAAUUCACUACCGUAUGGCCGUCCUCUAGAAAGUGAGAACCUAAAACAAGAUCUUUUGGGCAUUUUCAACAGACUGAAGAAGCAUACCACCAACCUUGCUAAUCUGGGAAGCACACAAGCAAACGAAAGUUUCAACAAGACUGUGGCUUCCAAGGCACCCAAAUCCCGCCUCUUCAGUCGUACCAUUGGCUACAGAGUGGCAGCUAGUGUAGCCCAGAAAAACAUAGGGCAAAGCUAUUUGGUUGAGGUGAACAAAAGAAUGGGAUUAUCACCAGGAGGACACACCAAAAAAUUGGCUGCAAAAAAGGACUCGACUGCUUGUCGGAAAAAAGCACUGUCUUUAACUAAAACAGCGAAGAGGAGGAGAUUAUUUCUGAAGGCAGAAAGGAAACAAGUGAUAGCUUCCAAAGAGACAAGAGAAGGGUCAACCUACUCUAGUGAUAUUGGUUUGUGUUCUGGUGAUGACAAUGAGACCAUUCCAGCUCCUUUGACCCAGCCCCUGAAACAGCCUCUACAGGUUUCUAAGGAGAAUCCUUUGAUCUUUUUUGACCUUGAAUCAACAGGACUGGCAAGAAAUUCUCAUAUCACACAAAUGGCAGCUGUGUUUGAAGAGGAAGUUUUCUCAGAAUAUGUCACGCCAGAGGUACCUAUCACACAAAAAGCUACAGAAGUCACGGGAAUUACAUUUUCAGCAGGGAAAAUGUUUUGUAGAAAUGUUGAAGUUAAUGCUCUCAAACUCACUGCUGCUGUUGAUUCCAUUCUGGAUUUUUUCUCAAAGUUUCAGUCUAAGGUAGUUUUGAUUGGUCACAAUGUUAAAUCAUUUGAUUGCCAUUUAUUUUUAAAUGCUGUUGAGGCUUGUGGGAAAACAGAUGAGUUUUCAAAAUGCAUUGCUGGAUUUAUAGAUACAAAGUUACUCUUCAGAAUUUUUGACUCAGAAUUGAAAUCGUACUCACAGAGUGAACUUUUCAAGUACUAUCUUUCGUUAGAUUACAGUGCUCAUAAUGCUCUGGAUGAUGUGAGGGCAUUACAGAAACUUGUAAAUUCUGUUGGAAUUGAUGUAACCAGUUCCUUGUAUUCAGCUGCUUCUUUUACAUUUUCAAAUGCUGUUGAAAACUUGAAGUACAGUUCUGAGGUUCAUAAAAAUGCACCCUCUUUAGAACAUUUAGUUAGGGAGAAGAUUUUAAGCAAGAGCAUGGCCAACAAAAUUGCAGGUAGUGGGUUAAACUUUAGGUUUUUGCAAAUGGCCUACACUAGAAACCCUCAGGAUGGUAUUCUGAAUUUACUUUCAGAACAAGUAUUAGACACUAAUCAUGUUCGAGUUACGAAGUCUCAAAAAGUAAUUUCAUGCUUGAACAAGUAUUUUGCUUCCAAAUGUGAAAGUUAGACUUCUAAAAAUUGAUACAAUUUUCAAAGGAUUGUCAUUUCUAUUGUUUUCACUAUAUGCAAAUAUAGACCAUAUACAUCGUAGCACAAUAUUUGAACCAAAAUAAGUGUUAUGUAGUACUGAAUGAUAUAUUUUGUGCAUUAAUUUGAUUGCCAUUGAAGAUUUUGAAGUAAUUGAAUAUUAGUUUUUUGCCCUGUCCAUCUGUUUGUCUUUCCACAGUCUGUCUGUCCACAAAAACUUUAACCUUGCCCGUAAGUUUUGAUUGGUUGGAACUAUGGCAUUCAUAUUUCAUAUGUGUAUUUCUUGUGACAAGACUUUCUUUUGGAACCAACAUAUUUGAUCUCUUGUCUUCUCACAAGGAAUACACAUGUGAAAUAUGAAUGACGGACUGACGGACAACAAUACACUGUCCCAAGUCUUCGGUUAUGAGGACUAAAAAUGUCCAGACAACAUAACUUUCUAUAAUUAUAUUUUGUAGUGGGUCAUAGACUAUACUGUCAUCUACGAACGAGGGGUAUUUACUUAUAUUUUCUGGGUAUCAUCUGUCUAUGUGGUUGCAGUGAACUACGGAAAGAUUGCAAGGGCGGAAAUACACUUUCAAACUCUAUAGGAACUGGUUGCGCAAUUUGAAUACAAAUAGGGCUAUUGACUGCAGCAUGCGCUUGCAUGGAUUUGGUGCUUUAGAUAUAUCAAUCCUCAUCUUGCAAGAACUUAAAUCAUAUUAAUCAGGCAAUGCUUUAAAAAUCAUUACAGAAAUUUAAAAUCGGACAUAUCAGAAAAUCUACAUGGGGCACAAGAUUUUGCCAGUGAUCGAAGGCCCAGAUGAGUUAUCCAUUAGCGAUAAGGUUUAAUUCAGGAAAUUGACAACAGAGAAGUAUGUCUUCAUCUUCCUAAUGUCCCCCAUCUUCAAACUGUCAGUUUCUCGGAUUGAAGGUCUUUGCUCUUAAAUACAGAGCAGUUUGUGAAUAAGCUAGAGAGCAUUUGGUUUUUCCUGCGGAUUCGCCUUUCAAAGAGACUUAAACUUUCACUAUAAGUUGCCAUAUAAGCCGGGGCAUCAGUGUUUCACAUACAUAUCUUGUUUACAAUAUAUAUACAUGUAGGAUCAUACUGAGAAGAGAGUUUAAUUUCAGGUGCUGAACAAUAUACUGUAUAUACUUAUUAUAAAAUUGCAUAUAUUAAGUAUGUUUUUAUAAAUGUAAAAACUUUAAGUAUGUUCA